CAUCGUGCAACUUUCUUUCCACGGUAUAAAAGCGGUUCGAUUUUGAAACCAUUGUCACAGUCAUUUCCUGAGUUAGUUCAAGGAUAAACAUUCGCUAGUAUCACAAAAAACACUCCGCUAAAAUUCACCCAGUCAAGAUGAUGAAGGUUAUUGCUGCCGUUCUCCUAAUCUCCGUUCUCGCCGUUUAUGGCAAGCCCACUAGCGUGGACGAAGCUAUUGAUGCUCCGGUUGCUGAUUUGGUGCAAACCAGCCAGGCCGUUGCCGAGCAGGAUCCAAAAGUGGAAGCCAUCAAGGAAACCGCCGUUGAAAUGAGCGACGAGAAUAAGGAAGCCAUGGACAAUGCCGAGACUUUCGGUUUUGGAUACUACAGGACGUACUAUCCACGUGUCUACAUCCCAUCUGUGCCGGUUAUGCCCCACUACGUGUAUCCUGCAGUGCCUCACUACCCCGGGCUCGUUCACUAUUACUGAAGCCUCUAACUAAAGAUCGAGGUUUGCAGAUGCUUGUUGAAACUAUUUAUUUCGAUUAUUUAUUGUAAAUAAAGGUAUGAUUUAAAAAAAGCGUCACUUUUCACUUAUCA